AAGAUCUGCUUCUUCGGAUAACAGAGCCUCCUUCCUCCUCGGAGCUUUGUUAUUGUCCGUCUAAAACUUCUCCCUUACUUGGUCCUUCUGCUCUCCGAAUAACCAUGUCUCGGCAAUCAAGUGUAUCAUUCCAGAGCGGGGGCCGCCGUGGCUUCAGCGCCUCUUCGGCCAUCACCCCUUCUGUCAGCCGAACCAGCUUCAGCUCUGUUUCCAUGUCCCGGGCAGGAGGUGGUGGCGGCGGCGGCGGCUAUGGCCGCGUCAGUGUCGGUGGUUCCGGAGGGGGCUUUGGCAGCCGGAGCCUUUACAACUUUGGGAUGUCCAAGAGGAUCUCCAUGGGAGGAAGUGGUGGCUUCAGGAGUGGCUAUGGAGGGAGAGUAGGAGGGGGGUAUGGCUUUGGUGGAGGAGCUGGUAGCGGAUUUGGUUUUGGAGGUGGGGCUGGUGGCGGCGGCUUGGGGCUCGGUGGUGGAGCUGGCUUCGGUGGAGGUUAUGGGGGUGCUGGGUUCCCUGUAUGCCCCCCUGGUGGCAUCCAAGAAGUCACUGUCAACCAGAGUCUCCUGGCUCCCCUCAACCUCCAAAUUGACCCCACCAUCCAGAGGGUGAGGACUGAGGAGCGGGAGCAGAUCAAGACCCUCAACAACAAGUUUGCCUCGUUUAUUGACAAGGUCCGUUUCCUUGAGCAGCAGAAUAAGGUGUUGGACACAAAAUGGACACUGCUCCAAGAGCAGGGGCACAAGACCACGAGGCAGAAUUUGGAGCCACUUUUUGAAAGCUAUAUCAACAGUCUCAGAAGGCAGCUAGAUAGUAUUUUGAAUGAUAGGGGCCGCCUGGAUUCUGAGCUAAGGAAUAUGCAGGAUACAGUAGAAGAUUUCAAGAACAAGUAUGAAGAUGAAAUCAACAAGCGUACUACAGUUGAGAAUGACUUUGUUAUACUCAAAAAGGAUGUAGAUACUACCUACAUGAGCAAGGUGGAACUGGAAGCCAAAGUGGAAAGCCUUGGUGAUGAGGUCAACUUCACUAGAACCCUCUUUGAAAUGGAACUCUCUCAGAUGCAGGGUCAUGUCUCUGACACCAACGUUGUCCUGUCUAUGGACAAUAACCGUAACCUUGACUUGAAUAGUAUCAUUGCUGAGGUUAAAGCUCAGUAUGAAGACAUUGCCAACCGCAGCCGAACAGAAGCCGAGUCCUGGUACCAGACUAAGUAUGAGGAGCUGCAGCAGACAGCAGGACGCCAUGGAGAUGACCUCCGCAAUACCAAGCAUGAGAUCUCUGAGAUGAAUCGGAUGAUCCAGAGGCUGAGAGCUGAGAUUGACAACAUCAAGAAGCAGUGUGCCAAUUUGCAGGCCUCCAUUGCUGAUGCUGAGCAGCGUGGGGAGCUGGCCCUCAAGGAUGCCCGGGCCAAGCUGGCUGAGCUAGAGGAUGCCCUGCAAAAGGCCAAACAGGAUAUGGCUCGCCAGCUGCGCGAGUACCAAGAGCUGAUGAAUGUCAAGCUGGCCCUGGAUAUUGAGAUUGCUACCUACAGGAAGCUGCUGGAAGGAGAGGAAUGCAGGUUGAGCGGAGAGGGAGUCGGUCCGGUCAAUAUUUCUGUUGUCACGUCCAGCGUGUCCAGCGGCUACGGCAGCGGCGGCGGCUACGGCAGCGGCGGCGGCUACGGCAGCGGCGGCGGCUAUGGCCUCGGCGGAGGGCUGGGAGGCGGCAGCGGCGGUUACUCCUACUCCAGCGGAGGCGGCGGUGGGCUCAGCGUGGGGGGCUCCGGCUUCAGUUCUGGCAGCGGCCGGGGCCUAGGGCUUAGCUUAGGCGGAGGUGGGGGCAGCAGCUCCAGUGUUAAGUUCGUGAGCACCACGUCUUCCUCCAGCCGGAAGAGCUUCAAGAGCUAAACGCCCUCUCAGCGAGUGGCUCUCACUUGUCUAUCAGCUCUCUCUGGCGGGUGGCCACUGCCUGAUCGAUCCUCUUUAGUUCGGAUGGCAGCCCAGUAGCUCUCUUCUUUCUUCUCUCCGCCUCCCCCUCUCCUGCCCUUUUCACUAGUGUGUAGUCUAGACCAGACUAAGGGGUGGUUUGUAUUCAUGAGCCUUCCUGGUCGCCUCCAGCACUGGCACCCUCACCUCUGGUUGUUAGCUCCCGGCCUGGCCAGAGGCCAUCAGAAAAUGCUUUCCCACGAGCCUAGGAGGCCUCGAAAGUAAUCGCCAGCCUCCCUUAACUGAUUCCACUCUUGAGUUCACUUCUCUCACCCAAGCACUUAGCCCAAAGCUACGACCACACCCUCCCGAUUGCCUGGCCAAAGAUAGAAGCAGCUUCCAAUUGGAUCUGCGUGCUUAGAAAACCUUUACGUGUGGAAACAAGAGAAGGGAAGCUUUGGUUCAGUUAGAAUCUGGGCUUCUCCACCCUUGGGGUAGGCAAUUCCCAAGCCUCUCUCCGCGCGCGGCCCGCUAAAGCAAUCUUGUGAUUUCAAAUCAAAGUCCAAGCUCUGUCUAGGGAAAGAUGGCUGGCCUCUCCCGGUGAGUGAGGGUGGGAUUUAGCAUGUGUCGUGUAAGCAAUUCUGGUUUCUCCGGUAAGGUAGCUUUACAUUUCUCAGGAGGUGUACUGGAAGCAAACUUCAUCUGGUGAAUGUCAGCAGAUCGGCCCCCCUCCACUCCCACUGUUUGUUCUGGAUUCUGACACUUUCUGGUGUUUGUUCAAUAAAGUACAUUUAUAAUUUAA